GGGGGGUACAGAACUGUUCACAACAAAGCGGAGCGGAGAGCAGAGGACUGACUGGCGGAGAAAACGCUGCGGGAGACAGUCACAAGUUCAUUCGUAGCCGAGCGGAUUUUUUUUAUGUAAAUGUACAAUAAUAUAAAGUUUAGUUAGAGUCCGAGCGAUCUUGCAAUCCGAUUAAGAAGACACUGGCAUUCCACACAGAGCUGUAAACAUGUCGUCUCCAAGUCCGGGUAAAAGGAGAAUGGAUACCGACGUGGUGAAACUCAUUGAAAGUAAACAUGAAGUCACAAUUCUGAGUGGACUUAAUGAAUUUGUAGUGAAGUUUUAUGGACCACAAGGAACACCGUAUGAGGGAGGUGUAUGGAAGGUGCGAGUAGAUCUUCCAGACAAAUACCCCUUCAAAUCACCAUCUAUAGGAUUCAUGAAUAAGAUCUUUCAUCCAAACAUUGAUGAAGCAUCUGGGACAGUGUGCUUAGAUGUGAUCAAUCAGACAUGGACUGCUCUUUAUGAUCUCACCAAUAUAUUUGAGUCAUUUUUGCCACAGCUCCUUUCAUACCCCAACCCCAUUGACCCCCUGAAUGGAGAUGCUGCAGCCAUGUACUUACACCGGCCAGAAGAGUACAAGCAGAAAAUUAAGGAAUACAUUCAAAAAUAUGCAACAGAGGAGGCUUUGAAGGAGCAGGAGGAGGGUGCGGGUGACUCUUCAUCAGAAAGCUCUAUGUCGGAUUUCUCAGAAGAUGAGGCACAGGAUAUGGAGUUGUAGUGAACAUGCACCUCUUCUUUAUUCCAGAGACUAUAAUUUCCUAAACAUGAGACGCAAACUAUAAAACUCAUAUUUAAACAAGACAAUUUUUAUAUUAUUAUUAUUAUUAUUAUUAUUAUUAUUAUUAUUAUUAAAAUCUGGAUUUUUAUGGCUAUACCAUUGAUAAGGAUUACCCUCUUUAUGUGACAUCCCCGCCUUUAAACCGUAUACACAAACACACACACAUCGUCACCCUAACAGCAGAUUUACAGUCCUCUACACUGCUGUAUGUUUAGUCCACUCACUUUGCAGUGUCUGCAUGGGUUAGAGAAAGGAGUCGAAUUGUUGUUGGAGGACAUUAGGACAUAACAAUGUUUAUCUAAUAUCCGAACAAUACUUGUAGGAUCAGUGGGAAAGAAGUACCAUAGCCUACAUAAUUCAUGUUAAAAUAUUUAUUGUUUAGCAGCACAAUCUCUGACACUGAGCACAACAAGUAGUUAAAAUGUUGCCUUUGUGCUGGUUCACUAAUUGGACAUCCUAAAUGUACUUAUAUAUAUGCGCACCGCCAUUUGUUUAUUCAGUCUGCAUUAAGAGACCGGACUAGAAAUAUGUUGUCUAUAGAGGUGUGAGGGGGUCAAUUUAUCCAUCUAAGACAACUUUAAAUAAUCACCAAACAGUAAUUGAGAUUACAAUAAAUUACAGUCCAAUCGACAGAAACAAAGUUUUCAGUAGGUCAGUUUGGUUGGACGUGUUUAGUUGAAAUAUUAUUAUCUAUCUUUUAAUUGUUUCUCAACUUGUUCUUUGUUUUUGUUCACUCCUGAUUUUCAGUCAUUAAAAAGAAUUGGGAUUAAAGAUACUUGCAUUUUGAAGCGCUAGUUACAGUUUUAUUUACAUUUAUUUUAUUUCUCCAUUUUGAUUCUUUUUCUGUUAAUUGAAAAACAAAGAUAUGAUAUUUGACUUGUCAGCUGUUGGGCAGCACUGUGCAGGCUGUCCAGGGGCAGUCAGACUGCUGUGCCCAGGAGGUUGAAGGAAGCUAGAUUAGUAACUUUAACACUUGAGUAUGCAGCCCUCAUCAUUUUAUUGCCAAAAGUAAAAUAAAGUGGUCUUUUCUUCUUUA